CCUCCUUGGGCCUUCGGAGGCUUCUCGCGGGCCUCUUUGACCGUCUUGAGGCAUUCCUGGCUCAAGCCAUUUUAGCUCAAGAGGCUGGUUUUAGACUGGGAUGUGAACUGAAAAUCUGUCUGCAUACUUUUCCUUGGAGCUUCAAAGCUCGACUAUAUAAUCACAUACCUACGGCUGUGAUAUCAGGGACUCCUUAGACUGUAAUCAUGGAUCAAGCGCCUGCUCGGAGACUACAGGACGGACUGCUGACUAUGCCCGGUCCGACUCCUGAUGAGAUUUACGCGUGUUCCGAGCUUCAUGUAGCUGGCGCGGCCUACUUGAAGAAGUACGGCCUGAUGAAGCAUUUUGGGGUGAACGCGGGAUUGAUGGACGAGUUUCUGGUGAAUCAUCCCAGAAACUGUGUCGGCGCUGACCGUGAACCGCGCGGCCGCGCGAUCUCCAAGUUGGAGUUGAUCAAGCUCUGGUACGGACGGACUCUAAUGCCCAUGCGGCACAUGUACUCUUGGCCGGUGCCGACACCGGGCGCCCUGGCACUGAUCAAAGGGACUGUGGAGAGCAGGAAGCUGAAGGGUGUGGUUGAGAUGGGUGCGGGAACUGGGUACUGGGCUAGCCUGCUCAAGGCAGGAGGAAUCGAUGUGAUCGCUUUCGACAAGGACAUCAAUGGAAUGAAACCGGACAAAUGGGCGUUCGUCUGCAAGCCAGUUCCUUUCCACGACGUCUACCUUGGAGGCCCGGAGAUGCUCAAGCGGGGUGCCUAUUGCACGAGAGCGCUCUUUCUGUGCUACCCUCCUUCUGGAGAUAUCAUGUGCGACCAGGCUCUGUGCAAUUUCGAGGGCGACUACGUGAUCUACGUAGGCGCUCUCGACCGGCUACACUGCUUGAGCAGCACGCUUCCGGAAUGUUCUCGGGCGGAACAUCCGAUUGGAGUGGGGACAGGGCAUCCUCUUUUCUUUAUGAGGCUGGCGAAGGACUGGGACGUCGUCCAACACGUUCCGCUUCCCUCGCACUUUUUCUGCCGCGAUCACCUGGUGGUGCUCGAAAGGCGGGUGGCUUGCAGGAAGGCGCCUCGGCCUGAGAUUCACGAGAGGCUGACUCCGAAGUGGAAAGGUCUGUCGCCGGAGGAGGCUUCCGAUCACGUGCGCAAGAUUGAUCAAGAAAAUAAAUUGGAGCCGGUUCGAGAAGGAGUAUCUCACCUACUGCGACGCGCACGGUCUUGCGCCACAGCAGUCGCCGCUCUCACUGGCAGAGUGGCAAUCCGCGGUCGAUCUGGCGCAUGUGGAGGAGACCGGCGCGUGUCAGGACGGUGCACACGAGGGCGGUGCGGAGCACGGGAAUCCACUCGAGAAGGUGGAAGUGGACGCAGCGAAGCCGUGGAAGGAGUCCUUGCACGCGCUGAUGAGCGAGUACCCCCAGGCCACCACGGAAAAGUUGCAUGAAAAACUCGUCGUUUUCUUCCCAGAUCUCAACAAAAAGACAGUGAAGAAUGCGCGCGCUAAGCUGCAAAAAGAGAAGGGCAACAAUGCCGGCGAAUGAGUCGUCAUGACCAUCGCACCUUUGGGGAUCCAUUCAAAACAGAGGUGCAGCAACAGCUGCAGAAGAUCAUGUUACUCGGCUUGUUACAUGGUUGCGUCGUUUACCACCCGAGUCGUGACCACCGCUUCUGUUGCCGAGUCGGAGGCAGACGACCAUAGCCGCAGCCAUCAUCGUGUAACUUGUGUCGCUUUGCAGACAACGUGCUAGGUACGCGCAUCCUGCAGUUUCUUAUCCGUCUCCUGAUAGCCGUCCGUUGACCCCUGCAGUACAACGUGUAGGGGCAGUGUUCGGCAGAACCUGCCGCUUGAAGCUACAGAGUCUUGAUGCUUAGAGGGGUGCUUGUUGUUUGCGUCUUGUUGCAGAAGGUCCGCAGAUGCGCCUCUCUGUUCCCUGCGUCCGGCAGGCCCGCAAUAUCUUAGAAGCGGUUCGUGUGGGCAGGCUUGCCAUCGCCGCUCGUUAGCACAACAGCAGCAUGUCCCGCCGCUCUGUGCAGUUAGAUCCUCUGGCGAAGGCAGUUCUUUUGCGCAGCCGAGCCCCACUAUCAAUGCCACGAGUGAGCCAUUGGAA